AUGGAUGUUGAAUAUCUAGAAAUACCUAUUAAAAAUGCAGCUCCUGGUGUCCGUGAAUCUAUAUUAACAAUGCGUGUAAACGAGAGGGCAAUAUUUUUAUUGUCUCCUUCUUUAUUUAUUCCCUCUAAUACAACAAAUAUAUCUUUUUCUUAUAAGGAUACAGCAGCAGCAAGAGAAGCAGCAGCAGCAGCAAAACAAUUACAGGACGGGGGCCCUGGUGGGGGGGGCCCCGAGGGGCCCCAACAACUCCCUCUCUCCCAUAGGCCACGUAUGCCACUUGAGCAGCAGCAAAAGGUUGCUAUGCUGCAGCACAAACUGCAGCAACUGCAGCAAAUGCACCUAGAGCAGCAGCAGCAACUGCAGCAGCAGCAAUAUGAUGACUCCAGUGUUGUACAGCUCGACGGACAGGAAUGGCUCAUGUAG